UCCUCUCCGUAGGGGGCAGUGUGUUACCUCGGCAGCGGCGGAGUAACAGGGGUGAAAGUUCGUGACUGCAGCCGUGCUGUGAAAACCAACAACUUGAGAGCGAAAUAUGGAUGAACGUGAAGAUGUUACCGUUUCUUUACAAGACAGCAAGGCUUCAUACGUACUCAGCAAUGUUGCCGAAGUGGUUGAGCGAAUUCUGACGUUCGUACCAACCAAAUCGCUUCUCCGGAUCGCAAGUGUGUGCAGACUGUGGAGAAACUGUGCCCGAAGAGUGCUGAGGACUCAGCAGCAGCUGACCUGGGUGUCAGCCUGUGGACCGUCUAACACAGAGGCCCAUGUCCUCUGCAGCAUCCUGGCUGAGGAGGUGGAGAAAGUGUUUCUCCUGCCCAAAACAGUUCUGGCAUUGGUAGACUAUGAGGCCUUCAAUGGACAAGCGUAUUGCUACAGACAGAAUAAAGCAAAAAAGAGUCGCCACAGUCCAGACACAGUUGAAGAACUGAGCCUGCUCUUCCCAAAAGGCUGUGACAUCAUGGGCGUCACCACACUAGGCGUAGUCUUGACUCCCAGUGGCUCUUACUCCAGCCUUCCUCAGGAGUACCAGGAGGGGGAGGCUGGCUUUACAAUCAUGUUCCCCAGCAUAGAAGGUGUCCACAUCAAGCCCUUUCAUUUUUGCAAAGAGUCCAUCUCCCCAACAGCCCUGAAAGAAGCAGGACUAGUUGACAACCCAGAGCUGCGUGUGGUACUGAUGUUUGUCUAUGAGGCAUAUAAAACUGGAGGAGCACACUUCCUCAGCCAGAUACUGGAGCCGCUGGCCAAGAGCAAAGCUCUCAUCGCUGGGGGGCUGGUAGAAAGUGUCUUUUCUCCUCCCAGACACUGCUGUAGCCAGGGUGCCUACGGUGUGGUGGGCCUGGCCCUGAGUGGCCCUAAGGUGCAGGGGGCAUCUGUGCUCUUGGACCAAGACAUCAGCAACCCAAAGGCGGUUGAAGCCACAAUCCGGCGGCUAAAGGCAGCCAAAAUUCCUGAGAGGAACACCCUAGGGUUCAUGUUCGCCUGCGUGGGGAGAGGCCAGAACUACUACAACAACCAGGCCAACGUAGAGGCGGACGCCUUUCACAAGGUGUUCCCUAACACGCCGCUCUUCGGCUUGUUUGGCAACGGUGAGAUUGGCUGCGACCGAAUCGUUAAAGACGACUACACGCUGUGCGACACUGACACGGACAGUCUGCAGCAUGAGUACACUACAGUCAUGACCCUGGUCCAUCUAGGCUAAGUGACUGACCCACAGUGACAAUGGACAAACAGGAGGAAAAAGAUGACCCACCAUGCUCCUGUUUGCAACAGCAGUUGGGAACAAGAAACAUUUUGUACAGUGUUACUCACAUUAGGACUCAGAAUAUUGCUGUCACCAUUUCUGUUCAUAAAGCAGGAAAAUGAUCCCUUUAGCCGUCAAUGUAAUGGCAUCAUUUGGCAAAUUGUGUCCCUCUGAGAGUUGGUGUGUAAACGCAGCUUCAUAUUAAAACUAGUGAGUUUCGCAAAGUUCAGAUAUAAAAAGACAAAUUGAUUAUCUCUUUUAGUAUUCAUACUGUACGUGACUCUUGUAAAAUACGUGUAUAUAUUUUUCCCAAAUUUCGCACACAUUCAAGGCAUAUCUCACCCUCUGACAUUAACCUCAUGGUCUGUUUUGCUUUGCAGGUGAGUAAAAAUAUACAGUUGUGAGGCCCACAAGCUAUUGUUAUAGUUGUUGAUUCAGUGCAGGCACUUUUUAUUAGUAAGAGAAGUGCGGUCCCUCUUCCACACAAUCAAGCUAAUCUUGAUUAGAAUGCUCUUCCUUGUUACGUAGUUUUACACCUUUGUCUCGCUAAUGGAAAAAAAAGACCACAAAUGAAUUCUCUUUUGCAAGAUACUGUAUCUAUCUGCCAUGUUUCAAUUGGGCACAGGGGAAUCAGUCAGAAUCUUAAAGUGCCUCCUUUUUUGUUCAUGUCAAGUCAUACUUAAUUCCAGCUGUUAAUGGUUGGGCUUAAUGGUUAUCUCAUGUACACCUGUUGGCUGUGUAAGUGACACUGACCAGCUGAAACUCUCAAUUUCCCCUCACUUUAGUCUCAGCUCUUCUACAGUUUCUAACUUUAGGAAACCGUUGGAAAUUGAUGAUAUACUGUCCAAGGUCAGAAAAUGUGAUGUAAUUGGGGUAGAUGAUGAUGUAUUUGGUAUCCUUUGCUAAAGCAAAAAAUGGUAAAGGUUAUUUUUUUUAAAUCCUGAUAGUAUAGUUUGAGACUUAACUAUCUAGCUGCACGUUUGG